CAUCCCCUCUACUACUCCCCUUCAAUGACACCCAAUUUAUCAACACCAAUUUCCAAAAGAUCAAAACCAAAAUAUUUAGUAAGAAAAGAGAGGCUAUGAAGAAGAGAUUGAAGGCGGAUUUGACUGAGAUUAAGAAGAUCAAGAGCAAGUAGUAAAGAGAAAUGGAAGAAAUUUAACCAAAAGCACGGUCUAGAAGAACAGGACGAUUCCAUAGUUGAGAAGAAACUCCCCAAACGUUCAGAUCGCCCAGACCAGAAAUUCAGCAGGAAAAGGACCAAAAUUUGGCAAAGUGAUAACUUUUACAAACCAAACCCAAAGAAGAGCUAUAAGGGUAUGAAAAUAUCUAAAACGAAAACGUUCCUGAAUCUGAAGACUUCGAAUAUGCCGAUGCAUAGUCCUUUACUCUCAAAACGUUAGAAAGUUGUUUGAAACUUGUAAAUUUUUUUUAAAUUUUGAAAUCCUG